CACUCAUUUAGCAGAGGAGUACGACGGAGAGGAGACAGCACCUUGGAGCGGCGAGUUAGAGCUGGAUUUUGAGUAAAGAGUGAGUUAUUGCAAGAGGAUGGAGAGGGCUGGGGCGUCAACCCAAAAGCCCAGAGUGACCAAGCAAGGGCACAAAUGUCCAAUAUGUGGGCUGGAGUACGCCGACUUAAUGCAGCACCUUAAACUAGGUGAACGCGUGGUCAACAGAACGGAACUGGACCUGCUCUCUAAGCUGUCACACAGACAUUUCACGGCAAGCUUGGAUUGCCCGGUACGUCACUGCGACUCCAGGAAGAUGAACAGGCUGGACAAGCACCUUCUAAAAGUGCACAAAGUGGAGAACAACAUGGUGACACUUUAUGUUCAAAAGGCGAAGGACCGUUACAUCGCGAGAGAACUGGCAUUGCUCAGGGCGUCCAAACCCCACCCACCAAUGGUAUCCCAUUUUGACGAGAUUGAUGAUGCAGCCAUUGAAGAGGGGAUCAGGAGGGAGUUGGAGGACCCUUCCUCACUCCCACUUGAUGUCGAGGCCCCAUCCGCCGCUGAGCCGCCCGAUGCUGCUUCCGCCCAUGUGACGCCGUCGAACGAACCCGCCAGCGAUGUCGUGGCCCCAUCCGCAACUGAGCCGUCUGAUACUCCCGCUGGUGAGGUAGUGGCCCCGUCCACCGCUGCCUCGCCUGAUGCUGCUUCCGCCCGUGUGACUCCGUCGAACAAACCCGCCAGUGAUGUCGUGGCCUGGUCCGCCGCCGAGCCGUCUACGACUCCUUCCACCAGUGCGACACCCUUGAACGAACCUGCCAGCCAUUUGCCAAGAAAGCAGUUGUUUAGGAGGAACAAGCCGGUUGUGAGGACUCCGACCCCCCUCUGCAAGAACUGCAGGAUCCUUGCUGCCGAGCUGAAGGUGGUGAAAGAGCUGCUGGAAGCCGAAAUACAACGGAACGACGACCUGAAACAGCUGCACUUCUCAACCAAUCGAGAAAAAGCAGAGAAGUACAGGAGGCGCAAGUCCUACUCCCCGUCAAAAGCGCCGAAGUAUGUUAAACUGGUAGAGGAGUUCAGGGAGCACACGGAAGGAAGCGAUCCCACGCGGAAAAUGAAGGAGAAUGCCCGCCAGCGAGCUAACCACGUCCUUAACUUCCUGACGUUCAUGUCCAAGCCCGCUGUUCCACAUAUGAACCUUCUCUUUCUCAAGGACUACGCUCGGAUCAGGAGAUAUGCGGCCCAUCUGGCUGACAAAAACUUUAAGCCUACGACCAUAAAAAGCUACCUGACGGAUGUGGUGGCUUUUCUGAAGUAUGUUAUGAGUAUGGCACCAGAAGGGGUGAAAUUAGGCGUGAAAAGCCUAAAUGCGCUGCUUGUGGAACUCCGGGCGAGGAUCAGGGACGUGGCGAGAGCUGUGGUGGGACAACAACUGGCCCAGCGCCGCAAAAAGUCCAGUGAACUGGUGAAAGCGAGUAAUCACGCGUGGUUUCUUGAAAAUGCACCAGACAGGAUUUCUGUUGCACUCGAAUAUCUUGAGAAAACUCCUGCAGAUAAAAAAAGGCAGAGGAAGUUUUUCGGGCUCCUGAGUGGUUACAUCGUAGCGUUGACUGGGCACAGGAAAGGCGUUGUUCUCAACAUGACGCGGAAAGAGGUCAAAGCGGCAGAGAAAUUGAAGAACGGCGAUCGCAUCAUACGGGUGGAGCAGCACAAGACGGCUCGCUACUUUGGCCAGGCGGCCAUACCGCUGACGAAACGGGAGUACUCCUGGUUCCUCAGAUACAACUGUCUCCGGUCUCGCAUAGAGGGAGGUCUAGAGGCAGAAACCUUCUUUCACACGUCCAGUGGCUCAGAGUGCCUGAAGCUCCCCGAAUACUUCAAACAGGCGUGGGAGUCGUUGCAGUUGGGAAAGGCUCCGAGCUUCAACCUCCUCCGAUCCUCUGUCGCUACUUACACGAAGAGGCAACUGGGAUCGAAGGCAUACAAACGAGUGGCGGCCUUCAUGUGUCACGAUGAGCACACGGCCAAGAAGUUUUAUCAUGCGGAAGACCCGGCAGCCGAGGUCUUCAACAGCCGAAACCUAUCCAUCACAGCGAUCUCAGCUUACGCUGUCAAGAUCAAAGGAGGCACCCAGGAGACUAGAGCCACAGAGGAGGUGGAGGACCGGGACAGUGUGGAGGACCGGGACAGUGUGGAGGACCGGGACAGUGUGGAGGACCGGGACAGUGUGGACGACGAGGAGGAGGAGGAGGAGGAGGACGACGACGACGAGGAGGACGAGGAGGACGACGAGGAGGAGGAGGAGGAGGUUGAGGACGAGAAUGUGGAGGACCAAGACAUGGGUGAGGACGACGAUGAGGAGGAAGUGGUACUAAUUGAGGACUCGGAUAGAGAGGAUGUAGAGGACCGGGGGAUGGAGGAGGAAGAAGACAAAGAAAAACUGACUCUAGUAGUAGAGGACUCGGACAGAGAGGAUGAAGUAGAGGACCAGAAAAUGGAGGAAGAGGACGGUGCAGAUGAAUGCCCAGACAGGACUAGGACUGGGCCAAGUUGUCCGAUAAAAAAGCGGCCCUGUAAGUCUGAAGCCGAACAGAAGAGGGACAAGUCUGAAGCCAAACGGAAGAGGGAGUCCUCCAAACCUCCUCUGCCUGAGGACCGGCCCUGUGAGUCUGAAGCCAAAUGGAAGAGAGAGUCCUCCAAAUCUCCUCUGCCUGAGGAGCGGCCCUGUGAGUCUGAAGCCGAACAGAAGAGGGACAAGUCUGAAGCCAAACAGAAGAGGGACAAGUCUGAAGCCAAACAGAAGAGGGGCAAGUCUGAAGCCGCUCAGAAGCGAGAGUCCUCCAAACCUCCUCUGCCUGAGGAGCGGCCCUGUGAGUCUGAAGCCGUACAGAAGAGAGACAAGUCUGAAGCCAAACAGAAGAGGGGCAAGUCUGAAGCCGCUCAGAAGCGAGAGUCCUCCAAACCUCCUCUGCCUGAGGAGCGGCCUUGUGAGUCUGAAGCCGUACAGAAGAGGAAGUCCUCCAAACCUCCUCUGCCUGAGGACCGGCCCUGUGAGUCUGAAGCCAAACGGAAGAGAGAGUCCUCCAAAUCUCCUCUGCCUGAGGAGCGGCCCUGUGAGUCUGAAGCCAAACAGAAGAGGGACAAGUCUGAAGCCAAACGGAAGAGGGAGUCCUCCAAACCUCCUCUGCCUGAGGACCGGCCCUGUGAGUCUGAAGCCAAAUGGAAGAGAGAGUCCUCCAAAUCUCCUCUGCCUGAGGAGCGGCCCUGUGAGUCUGAAGCCGAACAGAAGAGGGACAAGUCUGAAGCCAAACAGAAGAGGGACAAGUCUGAAGCCAAACAGAAGAGGGGCAAGUCUGAAGCCGCUCAGAAGCGAGAGUCCUCCAAACCUCCUCUGCCUGAGGAGCGGCCCUGUGAGUCUGAAGCCGUACAGAAGAGAGACAAGUCUGAAGCCAAACAGAAGAGGGGCAAGUCUGAAGCCGCUCAGAAGCGAGAGUCCUCCAAACCUCCUCUGCCUGAGGAGCGGCCUUGUGAGUCUGAAGCCGUACAGAAGAGGAAGUCCUCCAAACCUCCUCUGCCUGAGGACCGGCCCUGUGAGUCUGAAGCCAAACGGAAGAGAGAGUCCUCCAAAUCUCCUCUGCCUGAGGAGCGGCCCUGUGAGUCUGAAGCCAAACAGAAGAGGGGCAAGUCUGAAGCCGCUCAGAAGCGAGAGUCCUCCAAACCUCCUCUGCCUGAGGAGCGGCCUUGUGAGUCUGAAGCCGUACAGAAGAGGAAGUCCUCCAAACCUCCUCUGCCUGAGGACCGGCCCUGUGAGUCUGAAGCCAAACGGAAGAGAGAGUCCUCCAAAUCUCCUCUGCCUGAGGAGCGGCCCUGUGAGUCUGAAGCCGAACAGAAGAGGGACAAGUCUGAAGCCGAACAGAAGAGGGGCAAGUCUGAAGCCGCUCGGAAGAGAGUGUCCUCCAAACCUCCUCUGCCUGAGGAGCGGCCUUGUGAGUCUGAAGCCGUACAGAAGAGAGACAAGUCUGAAGCCGAACAGAAGAGGGGCAAGUCUGAAGCCGCUCGGAAGCGAGAGUCCUCCAAACUUCUGCCUAAGGAGCGGCCCUGUGAGUCUGAAGCCGAACAGAAGAGAGACAAGUCUGAAGCCGAACAGAAGAGGGAGUCCUCCAAACCUCCUCUGCCUGAGGAGCGGCCCUGUGAGUCUGAAGCCGAACAGAAGAGGGACAAGUCUGAAGCCGAACAGAAGAGGGACAAGUCUGAAGCCAAACAGAAGAGGGGCAAGUCUGAAGCCGCUCGGAAGCGAGAGUCCUCCAAACUUCUGCCUAAGGAGCGGCCCUGUGAGUCUGAAGCCGAACAGAAGAGAGACAAGUCUGAAGCCGAACAGAAGAGGGAGUCCUCCAAACCUCCUCUGCCUGAGGAGCGGCCCUGUGAGUCUGAAGCCAAAUGGAAGAGAGAGUCCUCCAAAUCUCCUCUGCCUGAGGAGCGGCCCUGUGAGUCUGAAGCCAAAUGGAAGAGAGAGUCCUCCAAAUCUCCUCUGCCUGAGGAGCGGCCCUGUGAGUCUGAAGCCAAACAGAAGAGGGAGUCCUCCAAACAUCCUCUCGCCAGAAAGCGGCCUAGGUUUGAAGCGGGACAGAAGAGACGCUACUCCAAACCUCCUCUGGAUAGAAAGCGGCUUAGGUCCAAAGCGGAACAGAAAAGAGACUCAUCUGAAAAUCCUCUCCCUAAAAAGCCCAAAAUUGGUGGAAAGUGCCUUUUCAAAACCAAUAAGGAAGUGUCCUCUGAAGAGGAAGGGGGGCUUCUUCCGACCGACACAGAACAAGAGGAGUUGGGCAGCACUCAGGGAGAUGAACAAAGACCAGUUGCGAAGGGUCCAUCGGAGGACGCAGGUCUGUUGGAGAAUGCGGUGGAGGCGAAGGGUCCGUCGGUGCAAGUGGACGCGGAGGAUCUGUCGCAGGACGCAGGUCUGUUGGAGCAUGCGGUGGAGGCGAAGGGUCCGUCGGUGCAAGUGGACGCGGAGGAUCUGUCGCAGGACGCAGGUCUGUUGGAGCAUGCGGUGGAGGCGAAGGGUCUGUCGGGGCAAGUGGAGGCGGAGGAUCUGUCGCAGGACGCAGGUCUGUUGGAGCAUGCGGUGGAGGCGAAGGGUCCGUCGGUGCAAGUGGAGGCGGAGGAUCUGUCGCAGGACGCAGGUCUCUUUGGCGAUGCGGUGGAUCUGUCGGUGCAGGUGGAGGAUCUGUCGCAGGGCGCAGGUCUGUUGGAGGAUGCAGUGGAGGUGAAGGGUCUGUCCCACGACAGUUCUGACUCAUUUGAACUGCCAUGCGGGCAAUUGGAGGCUGAGGAGAGGGGAAUUCUGCAACCAUGAGCAGGGUUAAACC